AGAUUUAAGAUACAAUACAAUAAUGCCUGCUCAGCAUAAAUGUGCGCUACUAUCAUCAAGACCUAAUAACCAAUUCGGCGGUUUUUCAUCUGAAUCUGUAGGAUGUGUUUCAUGGUUUCGAAAAUUAAGAUUAUGGUGUAGCAUUAGCGAAAAUCAUCCAAAAUGUCAACAAUAUUUUAUUGGUAUGGCUGCUAUAACUAAAGAAAGGAGAAGACAAUUUCGUCUGGCGUCAUGUUGGAUAAUUCAUCCUUUCAGUGAUGUCAGGUUUAUGUGGGAACUACUGAUGAUAGUGAUAUACUUGAUAGCCUUUGUGACAAUUCCAUUUAUGAUAUGUUUUAUUAUAAUGGAUUAUGAGGCAAUUUAUUAUGAUAAAAUUAAUCUAGCUAUUUAUGCUAUCUGCUGGUUGGACAUAAUAAUCAAUUGUAUUACUGGAAUACACGAUUCCAAGAGUAUGAAAGUUGUGUUUGAUCAAGGAGCAAUCAUCAAAUCCUAUAUGAAAGGAUUUCUUGUACUCGAUAUUGUUACCUCCUUACCAUAUGAUCACAUUACUGCAGCAUGGCGUAAGGUGCCAGGUCCUGGUGCAUCUCUUAUAGUAGCAGUUAUCAAUGUUUUACCUACAUUAAAGAUUAUACGUUACUUUACACUUCAUUCAUAUAUUCUUCAAUUAUUCGCACAUUCUAUGAAUAAUAAUUGGUCAUAUCAAAUGUCCACAACCUUGUUAUUAUCGGGUUAUGUAAUCUAUUGGUUUUCUUGUUUCUGUUAUAUUAUACCAAUAUUCACGAUGUAUAUUCUUCAAGUUACUAUUGAGAAUUGCCCAGAUUGUUGGAUAAGUAAUAUUCAAGGACAGGGAAUAGCUGCAAAAUUUCGACAUGCACUAUAUAUAGUUGUAGAUAAUUUUACAGCAAGUGGUUAUGGAAUUUUUCCACCUAUUGCGGAGGGACAUUCUCUAUUCUGUACAUUUUUACUGCUUGCUGGUCGAAUAUUCGAAUGCUACAUAACGAUUAUAUUUCUUCAAAUUAAGUCGAAUUCCCAAGAGCCCGAGGCAAAAUUUCAAGAAAUAAUAAAUCAACUAUCAGCCUACAUAUGGCAAAAACAAUUACCGCCGUACAUGAAAAAGCGAUUGCUACUAUAUUAUCGAUUUCGGUUUAGAAAGAGUUAUUUUCGAGAGAGGAUGAUCCUUUCCUCCUUACCUGAUCAACUACGACAAGAGAUUGUUCUGUACUCGUGUCAACGUUUAGUGGAAAAUGUAGCAAUUUUUCAAAAUCUUCCACAAGACGUUUUGACGUCUAUUGUAACUAACUUGAAAUUGGAAUUAUAUUUGCCAAACGAUAUAAUUGUAAAAGCCAGUACACAUGGGGAUUGCAUGUUCUUCUUAUCCAGCGGUACAGUGGCAGUUUUUACGCCAACGGGAAAAGAGAUCUGCCAUUUAGACGAUGGAGCAUAUUUCGGUGAAGUUGCAUUACUUGUACAAGAUCAACGAAGAGUGGCAAGUGUCGUGGCUAUUGACAUAUGUGAAGUUUAUCGACUUGAUCGACGAGACUUUCGAAAAUCUAUCGCAGUGCAAAGUGACCUAUUCGCCAAAAUAGAGCGUAUAGCUACAGAAAGAAUGGAAAAGACGGUUUUAGUGGAGGAGCAGCAUAAGCGACUGUUGCAACAAAAAAGUGGUCGUUUUUCGAGUUUGACACGUGGUCGUUACUACAGAAAAAUGUGAAUCUGAAUGAAGAAAUAGUUUCAGUUGUAACUGGUAGUAGGAUAUAUUCUAUAAUCAAAUUUAUUCGUCAUAAAAUAAAAAAAAAUAUUAUAAU